GUGUUUUUCACUGUCCUUCCUAUCUCUCCUAUCCUAUCUCGUGCUCACCAAGAGACUAUCGAAAAGUAACAUUAGCAUGUGAAAUAAUUGCCUAGUUCGGUUAAAAACAGCAUUAAAUCAUUAAAAAUGGGUGAUUCGGAUGAGAAGAAGUCACUAAACUUCCAUCAAAUGGAGCUAGACGAUCGAAUUUUGAAGGGAAUCGCAAAACUCGGCUGGCUUUGCCCCACAUUGAUCCAGGAGAAGGCUAUUCCGCUACUGCUGGAAGGGAAAGACGUGCUGGUACGUGCCCGUACCGGAUCAGGCAAAACGGCGGCAUUCUCAAUUCCGAUCAUUCAGAAGAUCCUUAAUCAUAAACGGGAAGCCAAGGAGCAGCAAACCACUGUGGUGGUCCUGGCCCCAAGCAAAGAUCUCUGCCACCAAAUAUCAAAGGUUAUUGAGGACCUGACGAUCAAGUGCGGUCGAUUAGUUCGCUGUGUGGAUUUGUCCACUAAAGUGGAUAAGGUGGCGUUGAAGCAUAUGCUGGCAGAGCGUCCGGAUAUCGUGGUAUCCACUCCGGCAAAGCUCGUGGCACAGCUGCAAGAAGGGAACCUUUCCGUUAAAGAUAGCCUCCAGACUCUAGUGGUUGAUGAGGCGGAUUUGAUGUUCACUUUUGGCUUCGAGAAUGACUUGAAAUCAGUUUUGGAUUAUUUUCCAAGUGUGCACCAAUCCAUUCUGGCUUCGGCUACGUUGGAAAAAGAUGUGCUGGAGCUGAAGAAAAUUAUUCUGCACAAUCCGGUCAUUUUGAAGCUGGAAGAACCGGAAAUGGCACCGGCAUCGCAACUGACUCAUUAUCAUAUAAUGGCGGAAGAACUGGAAAAAGCGGCUGUUCUCUACACCUUGUUUAAGCUGCAGUUGGUUAAAGGCAAGAGCAUCAUAUUCGUCAAUUCUAUCGACCGUUGUUACAGAUUGAAGUUGUUCUUGGAGCAGUUCGGAAUAAGAUCCUGUAUUUUGAACUCUGAGCUACCGGCGAAAAUAAGAUGUCACACUGUCAAUCAAUUUAAUCAGGGUCUCUACGACAUAAUUAUUGCCUCUGAUGAGCUUCAUGUUCUGGAUCCUGCGGUUACAGAAAAGAAAGGCCAGAAGAAGAAAUUGAUGAAACAGAUCGCCAAACAGGUGGAAUCGGAAGCUGGAGUUUCUCGUGGAAUCGAUUUCCAGUUUGUCUCGAAUGUUAUCAACUUUGACUUUCCUAAAGAUAUCAACGCGUAUAUCCAUCGGGCUGGAAGAACCGCCAGGGGGAACAACACCGGAAGUGUAUUGUCUUUUGUUUCCAUCGAAGAAAAAGAAGCUAUGGAUGCAGUCGAGGAUCAUCUAAGGCCGAGUUACGAAGAGGGAGAUAAGGUGCUUAAAAACUAUCAAUUUAAAAUGGAAGAAGUUGAGCCGUUCCUUUAUAGAGCUAGAGAUGCUUGGAGAGCAGUGACUAAGUUUUCCAUCCGCGAAGCCAGGAUCAAAGAAAUUAAAACAGAAAUGUUCAAUUCAGAGAAACUCAAGAGCUUCUUUGAGGAAAAUCCUCGCGAUUUGCAAGCCCUCCGUCACGAUCGUACUUUGCACACAGUGAAGGUACAGGAACAUCUUGGUGAUGUUCCGGAAUAUAUCGUUCCAGAUUCCUUGAAACACGUAGCGGGCAUCACCACUAAGCGGAAGAAAAGUUUUGUACCGAAAAAGCGAAAAACGGACGACAAGGCUAACAAUCCUCUUAUGGUAGAGGGAAUCGAUUAUGGAAAGCAACGACGAGUAUAAUAAACAGCAAUUUAUGUUAUUCUA